AGUCGGAGUCACCCUGUUGCUGUGGAGUAUAUUCCCAAUAUUACCUAAUGUCUCUUAAGUCUGUCGGCGAACAAACACAUCCUCAAAGUCGUCAAAGUCCUCCUCCCAGUUGCGAUAGUCCUCAUAGUCCUCAGUGUCCCACAUAUGCCUGAUGCAAAAAAUUUAUACCCAUCUCCCAAUCAUCUUUCAUUCUCCGCCGCCCAGCUUACGCACGCCCUACAAUUUACUCUCCUGGCUGCGCCGUAAAGCUUAAGCUUUAUCUGCCUCAUGCACACUCCACACAAUUGCCUGUAAAUAAUUUGGCCCCAGCGAUAAUCAUGUCUUAACACGUUCUGCAAAAUCUCUGUCUUCUGAGCCUCAUGUCCAUGUUCAAACCCUCAUCAACCCUUUUCAACUUGCGAUGCUCUCAAAGCACCAAUUCAGUUUUCGCAGACUCCUUGCUACAAUUUUCUCUCGCUUCAUGGAAUUUCCUACUGAUGUCCCGGGAUUAUUUACACUCGGCGAGACUCGACUUGACGUCGCGGCAUGGCGAAGAAUGCUCUUGGAUAGCAAUCUUUCCUCGCAGUGUGUCCUUGAAAAAGUCUGGUUUUGCAAAGCUUCCAAACGCAAGAAGCAUGAAUUUCUUGUAUUGUAUUUUCGUCACUGGGAUCCUUCAGUGCCUGCGACCGCCCGUGUGGUCGUAGACCGUGCUCCAAAGUCAACUCCGAACGACAGUGGCUCCUCCACACCUAUUACUCAUUCGUCGGGCAUCGCUUCCCCUUCAGUCAAACAAACUCCUGCCCUUGACUCCGUUUCCACUACCCCAAACACAGGUACUAGCACUCAUCAGUACCUAGAAUCAAGAUACGGCCCAUACAAACAUCUUUGUACCCUCACAUUCUCUCCCGCAUCCACACCUCCCUCUGCAGCCCAGAUAUCGGUUCUCUUAUCUGUUACAAGCACGCAUGCUCCCAACUACCACCUCUAUCAAUUUCAAUGUUACUGGUUCGCCAGUACUAUCUGGGAGGCCAUAAAACACCUCUUCCCAGGCUAUCUCGAGUCAACCUGGCAAGGAAUCCGCUCUCGCUGUUAUGGUUUUGAAGUGGAUAAGAUAGACAGCGUUAAAGUCGUGUGCGAGGAGUAUGCUAACGAGCAGAGGCGCCUCGAAAAUGAGGCAGAGCUGAAGAGGCAAGCCGAGCAAGCCAGAACACAACAGGUUAGUCUUUCAUGGACUAGAGGCAUCAUGUUCACAUUGCGAUCCUUGCAGAUAUGGAUGGAUGGUGUAGCUCAUGGUCUUGCUCAGCGCCAGGCGGAACUUGACAGCCACCAGGUGCAGCUUGACAGUCAUCAGGCAGAGCUUGACAGCCGUCAGGCGUUAAUUGACCGUUUGCUAGCGGAAAACCUCCAAUUACGAAGUACUCUGGGUUAAUUUUUCAUGUAGCUAUGAAGUUCAUACAUUUUGAAUUACAUGCAGUUUUUGAUCCCGAGCCAUGAGCGCCUCGAUCUUGGCCAUUUGCGACAAUCUACGAUCCUUUUCUUACCAGCUACUUUCAUACCAAUACCCUAGAUUUUACCAUUUUCGUUUAACCAUUUUCGUUUGCGUGCCACGGUAUCUGGAAUACACCUGUGUGACUUGUUCUUGAGAGAACUAAAUAUCUUGGGUCAUCUGCAAUCGAGCUUCUGUUGAAGCCAAACCUGAUUGGUACGCCUACACCGUCCUUUCACAUCAUUAAUGGGCCUCAAAG